CGCGCGGCGGCGUUUGAAUGGCUGUGAGUGGGGCACGGCAGGGGCUCCGAGGGACGCUCCGAGCUGCCGGGCGCGGUUCGUCAGCACGGUGGCUGGGCUGAGGCGCUGCGGUACCAUGAGGCGCCGGCACUUAAGAGAUUAUGGCAUCUGACACCCACCAUGUUAAAAAACGGAAAUUCUUUAAUAGUAUUGAGGAUCAUCCUAUUGAUCUUCCUAGAAAGAGGAUCUCUAAUUUCACUAGUAAGAACAUGAAGGAGGUUAAGAAAUCUCCAAAACAGUUGGCUGCUUACAUAAGUAGAACAGUUGGACAAGCUGUGAAAAAUCCAGAUAAACUGCGGAAGGUGCUCUAUCACAGAAAGUUAGUUCGUCAUCCCUUUCCAAAUCCUUGUUAUAGAGCUAAGCAGUCCCCUGAAAGCGGGGGCUGUGACAUGGCAAAUAAAGAAAAUGAACUGGCUUGCGCAGGCCAUCUGCCUGAAAAUUUACGCCAUGAUGGUCGAACAUUUGUAGUUAACACCAGUGAUCCUGGUUCUUCACAGACAGAAAGCCCGUCAUCAAAGUAUAGUGGCUUCUUUUCUGAGGUGUCUCAGGACCACGAGACAAUGGCCCAGGUUCUGUUCAGCAGGAAUUUGAGAUUGAAUGUAGCUUUGACUUUCUGGAGAAAGAGAAGUAUAAGUGAGCUUGUAGCUUAUUUAGUGAGGAUAGAAGACCUUGGAGUUGUGGUAGAUUGCCUUCCUGUUCUAACCAAUAGUUUACAGGAAGAAAAGCAAUGUAUCUCACUUGGCUGCUGUGUGGACUUACUGCCUCUAGUAAAGUCUUUACUUCAAAGCAGAUUUGAAGAGUAUGUAAUAGUUGGCUUAAACUGGCUUCAAGCAGUAAUAAAAAGGUGGUGGUCAGAACUCUCAUCUAAAUCAGAAAUUACAAGUGAUAGAAAUAUUAAAAUUUUAAAGCAACAAUUGAAUGGAUUAUGGGAACAGGAAAGCCAUCUUACUUUGGUUCCAGGAUAUACUGGUAAUAUAGCUAAGGAUGUAGAUGCUUAUUUAUUACAGUUGCAUUGAGAGAUUUCAUCUUCUAAAGAGUAUUUGGCUGUUCAAACAGCGCUGGAUUAUAUGAUUUCCAAAAGUAGGUCUCUUCUGAGAACUGUGAACUGUGGAAGAAAUAAAAACAUUUUUUUCUUUUAAAAAGCCACAUAAUAAAGCCACUAAUGAAAUCCUAACAAUGUACUUCACAUUGAAGUGGAAAUAUCCGGAAGGAGCAACUUCAACUUCAAUGAGGUGAAAGUGCACUAUGAAGACUGUUCGCCUUGCUGCACACAGAACCAUUAUGGCCGUUUGGUAGGGGUGUUCAAGAACUUCUGGGUCUUAACUCAUUCCUGCAUAAGAAUAUCAUUUAUAGUAUUCAAAACAAGACAGGACUUUUACCAGGAACUACAAAGACCAAUCAUUAAUUUUUGUUGUGUUUUAUGAAGAAACACUUAAAUGUGUGCAGCUAUUUCUUCUGUUGAAAAGACUUCAAAAGUUUAAAACAUCAUAAUAAGUAAUAUUAAAAUUUUUUGUCCACACUGAUACCGUGUACAAAUGCCUUAAUUAUUGAUAAGCCAAUGUGUUAUAAUACCAAUAUCUCUUUUAAAAAAAUUAAAAACAACCAUGCUUCUGGCAUGAUAAAAUCAUGGAAUUAAAUCAGGGGUUUACAUUCAUGUAGAAUGUUGUUGUUGAAGUAUAUUCUACACCAUUUUUUAAACUUGAGAAAUUUUUAGCAUCUCUGAAUUUUUUUUGCCAGAAUCUUGAUGAUAUGUUUGUAUGAAUGUGUUAUUCGUAUACAAAGAAAAAGGUGAAUAUGUAUUUGUAUGAAUGUUUAACUGGAAAUGUUCUUGGAGUUGGCUAAUUUAUAUUCACUUUUUAUUGUAUAUAAUUUCUAAUAUUUUUCAUUUCUGUAACAUUUAAACUUCAUUUGAGUAAAUUUACUAAAUAUUUCUAUUUUUUGCUUUUUCAAUUCUAAUUUUAUAUGAAAUCUAAUUCUUUUUCACUACAUGUGUUCUGAAAAGUUCUAUACAUGUUUCAGAAUUGUUUACAAUUAAUGCUGACAUUGUACUUUAAGUUCCAACACAUUGCAUCACUACCUCCUCUGAUGGUUAGUAUGAAAUCCCAGCAAACUAUAUGCAAGUGGUUUUUGUUUUGUUUUGUUUUAACCAUUUUUAGCAUUAGCGUAUCAAUUCUGGAAUACCUUGACAGUUCUGAAUUGUCCCUGCCUUAGAAUUGCUUUUGAAUAUCACUCCUGAUCCAUCCAUCAUCUUUCUUUAAUAAGGCUUGCAAACUUCCAGAAGAGAUAAUCAAAUUUCUCCUCAUAUUCCAAUGUGUACGUCUUUAACAUUUUAACACUUAAACAGUGACUACUAAGAGGCCUCCCCAGCAUCUUUUCUUGCUGUGAAAAUAUUUAAAGUGUUACUUUUCACUGAAUUCUGGUUUUGUAUAGCUAUCAUUCCAGAUAGCUAUGAACUCCACAGGAUGGACAUUGCUUGUAGUAAUUGAUUGUUACGUCCUCACUCCAGAUGACUGCAGUUUUUUGACUAAGAGGUGAGGUAUGUAAGAAGUCCUUUUUCAGGAUGUGAGAAUUUCUUGACCUGCAUCAUCUCUGAAACCUUAUGACAGGAAAUACAGCCUGUCUUUCUUAGUGCUUUUCUUUCCAUGGUCUUGUCGACCAUAUGGGCAGGUUAACAUGGUGUAGUGUGAUGCUCGUGAGACUAAGGAUUUAAGUCUGAUCCUUUUAAGUUCAUUAACUUUUCACAUGCAUGAAAUAAUUCCAUGGAUUCAGAUUGCACUUUCCCUUAGCAUCCAUCUAAUAAAUUUAAUGUGUGAUCUCAAAGGAUGUGGUGUGCAUAGUUUGCUUUCAUAGCAUUCUUUCUCAGAGAGAAAGAAUGAUUGAUUUGUAUGUUAGUAUAGAUUUCCAGUUUUGAGAAGAACAUAUUUAAAAUAAGAUCUCACAUACUUUGUAAUUUUUAGUUGCACAGUAUUAAAUAAUAUGGACCAGAUUAUUGACUAAACAGUGUCUUUUUUAAAAAAAAAAUCAAAGCUCAAGUAAAUGAAGUAUCAAUAAAAAUUUAGUAAGAAACAGUGCUAUUGUUUUAACAGAAUGCUUAUCCCUAAAUGUUUGCUGACAUUGAGUAAAAUGGCAUGCUCUGUUUUGUAUUCUCUGAACAAUGAAAGAAGCAGCCUUACAGGCUCAGUAGUUAAGAGCACUGGCUGCUCUUCCAGAAGUCCUCAGUUCAGUUGCCAGCAACCACAUGAUGGCUCACAACCAUCUAUAAUUAGAUCUGGUUCCCUCUUCUGGCACACAGGCAUGCAUGCUGGCAUACACUGUAUACAUAAUAAGUAAAUUUUAAAAAUAAGCAGCAGCCUUAUCUCAUGAAUGUUAUUCCAUAGCACACACUUCAGUUCUGUUCUUGACCUUUGCACCUUAGCUAUCAAAUUGUGAUCUUGGACAACAGGUGUGUGAAAUAAUUAUUUUUUUGACAUUUUUAUUACUGCUAAAAUCUUUUCAUACUUUAUUUUUAUUUGGGAUAGAAUUAUCUCCACCAAAGAGCCAAAGAACAUAGUAGGGUCACUUGCUGUCCUGUCCUAGUUCAAGUAGGACAGUUACUAUAUUCAGUUGCCUUUUGUGACUGUACUGCUAAAUAGAAUACCAAACAGGAACUACCUGAGUUCUCCACCUUGGAGCUUUUCUGCCUUAAGUUUUCUGUACUAUGGCAGUUUUCCAGGGUUAGGGGCAGCUAGGUUAUUGAGGUGUGAUAGAGGAUCAUUAUCAAAUAGUUUGUACCCACUACAGAUACAGUAAAUAGAUUUUUGUAAUACGUGGUCAUGGUCAGAGUAAGACUUAAAAUUAGGAAGCAGUUAUUAGCAAAUAGCUUUUGCAAAUUUUUUGGUAGCAAUUUAAAGAUGAUUGGCAUCAGUUUUAUGUAUAAAUCCUAAAAUGUGGGAAUUUGAUGUAAGUAUCUGAGGCAUUAUAGUCCUAGAACUAAACUUGAAGGUCUGCUAAGAAAUUAAAUGAUAAUGACUCUAAACAGGUUUGAUCCAUGCCAUGUCAGAGCCUUCAAUGUGCUUAUCUGGCUCCAUUGCUAUAUUUUUAGCCAUUAAAUUGAUAGAUCUCUGAAAUUAAUAUGAUUAACAUUAGCCAUAAUUAAUUGGAAGGAUCCUUGGCUCUUAAAUACUAAUAAUAGAAAUCAUAUUUAAGUGUUUGGUUACUUAGUGAAGGAGUUUGAAAAAGCAGUAUUUAAACUAAUAUUUCAUCAAGUGCUCAUAGUUAUCAUCCUGCUUAAUAAGAUGGUUAUAUCAGUUGGCCUUUGUCCACUGAAGAAGUAAAGAGUAAGAACCAUAAAUCUUGACUCAUGCAGAGUGAACUUAUAACGUGGCUUCUAGCACAGAGUUAUCUUCUGGAUUCUUUCAGAUGGAGAAUGUUCUGUAUUGGUAAGUUGUUGCUGAUAUAUGUGUUCUGUCAGAUGGAGAGUGUCGUGUAUUGAUAGGUUGUUGCUGAUAUAUGUGUUCUGUCAGAUGGAGAGUGUCGGUAGGUUUCCUUAAGUCAGGAAACAGUUUUCUAGGUGGUACCCCAUUCUCUUCAAGUAUGAAACAAUGCUAUAACUAUUAGGUCAGUGUAGAAUUAAGAGUUGAUUUUGAAGAUCCAAAAGAUCAAUUACUGAUAUCAUUACUCAAAGUAUUUUCUACCAAGAGUUUAAUAAAGUACUUCUAACAACAGUUAACAAAUUCCUGCCUAAAUGUUGUUCUUUUGGGUGGUAUUAGGAAU